AUGAGAUCAACUGCGACUCUUCACUCCCAACGAGAGGCGACACCUUCACUCCCAACGAGAAGCUGUGGUCACUUGAACACCACCGUGGACGACGUCCCUCCGACAGCCAGGACCAUUAACCCCGAAGGCCGUGCUGUGAGAGCCCUCAAACAGAUGAUGCUGUUACUCGUGCGGUCUCCGAAAGAGCUCGGCCUUGCAACUGUUGGCGGAUGUUUUCCCGUGUUUGUUGACACCACCGAGGCUUGUCAGAGUGCCACUUGGGACACCGGCUUAUCUGCAUUUGCUCCAGACAGUCCGAGCAAGCUUGCUAACCUGAGAAUCAAGAAUGCGAAUUUAAGACCUGGAAUUUAUCUAGAAGAGAACAAGUUGUUUUAUUCUCGAUCGUACCAAAUGAAUAACAUGUUUACUGAUAUCCCGAGGGACAUGGUCGACUACUUUACUGCGGCUCUGGAACUCAAACGUAACAAGAUUGUCGGCACACAGCUUGAUCUCCUGCACCCCUCUGCACUCCUCGAUGUUGAGAUGCUCCAGUCGAAGAGGCCCAAACAAGCCGACAGGAUGAGGUCUAGUGCCCCGUCGAGUAGAGUAACUUUACUCAACCUCAUAUUCCGGAGGGACAUAUUAGUAUGCAAUUUGGGCAAGCACGGCCAGGUGUAG